AACCAACCAACCAAUCAACCAACACCUCGCAGACCCUCAUCGCCAUACCCAGCGUCGAGCUGGCAGCCAGCUCGAGGGCUGCCAUGGCCGCCGUCAUCGACCUCACCAUGUCGCCCUCGCCGCCCAUGGCAAUAGCAGCCGCGCAGCACGCCUCAUCGUCCAGCACGCUCGCCAGGCGCGACCACAACGCGCAGACUCCAUCAUCGAGCAAGACGCCGCGCAAAGUCACAAUCUUCGUCUACGCGAGCGACUCUGACUGCGAACAAGAACAAGUGCCGUCGCUUAGCCAGGGCAGCAGCAGCAGCGAUGGCUUCCUUGAAGUCGGUUCCAGCGUUCGAGACGAGGAGGACGAGAGCGUUCUCGAGUUUCGCUCCCAUCUGGCGCGUUUCGCAGGCAAUGCAGACAUCAAAGCAUCGUCUUCGUCUUCAAGACGGCCAGCCCCAUCACGUGCAAGAGCUAGCAAGUCUCCUACAAAGGGCCAUGCGGCAUCUAGCGUCCCGGUGAAACCGGGGGGCGCGUUGCAUGCUAGCAUCGAGGCUACGUCUGACGAGCCCCGCCCACCUGCAAAGAAGCGUGUCAAGGGCCCGUCAAAAGCAGAGGAAGACGACGCUUCAGAGCCCAUAAAGGCAGCGUUUUCGUCUGCUGCCUCUCCACCCAAAUCAAUCAAGCGACACAGGAAAUCGGCCUCCCCAGAGAAAGCCAUUACCAAGCCACCAGGACCUCGGCCCCCUCCUCCACCUCCCCCACUCGAUCUCACCUCGUUUCCAAACAGCAAGCUUCUCCUCCUGACUAUGUGCCCCUUUUGCUCGCAUUCCUUCCCUUCGCGACAAGCUCCACCGACCCGGCGGAGGCAUCUCUGCCUCUGUGGCGCGUCCAAGCUUCUCUCCGUCUCCGUCGCCCUUGCCAUCCUCGACGAAGAGAUCCGCCGCCUUGACCGCUUGGCACAGCUGCAAGAGCAAGAAAAGCAGGCAACAGAGAGUGCUUGGGACCUGUUGGUUAGAACGAGCGGGCUGGCAGUGAGAAGGACGCAGGAUGAGGAGAUGUGUGAUGCCCUAGGAUUGCCGAAGGGGAGUGCCAGGAGGAGAGAGGUGGCGAUGCGCGAAGAAGAGGUGGACUUGCAAAGGUGCGGUGAUGCUGCUGGUGGUGAGGCGAGCAAGAAUGCGAGGAGAUGGAAGAAGUUGGACACGGAGGGCACUCGCGUUUGCUUAUUGGAGAGGCAUGCUGACGGCGGGAGGAGGACCGCAAGAUGCAACUUGGUCGCCCUUUGUGGCGAUGAUGGCUAUGAGGCCGACGACGGCGACGAGGUGUACGACCUCGGGUACAGCGAUCCCAUCGCUGCGUUCGCACACAAGCGGCAACAGCAACGACUUCUCGACGAAUCGACACGGACGCCGCCCGCCACGCAGUCGAUGCGGCAUAGACCGUCUCGCCUUGCUGCUCGUAAAGGGCCGGGAGCAAUGGCUGGCUAUGGACUGGGCUUGCAUCUGGCUUCGCGUUCGAAAGGGAAGAGUGUUGCGUAGCGCGUACACCGCCAUUGACUCACGAACCAUCCAAUGCCUCCUGGCUGGCCGCUUCUUCCAGCCACGGUCAUCCAGCUCUCCAUCUUGUACUCAUCACAGCAUCCUCUUCCACUGUAUUAUAUCAUGUCCAUUGCCACUGAACUAUCUGUACCACUCAUUCAUCAACAUUAGUCUACAAUUUCUGAAACUUAGCCUGCAUCCAUCGCCUGUACAUUUGCUUCUUCUCCUUGCGAUUGACGAGCAUACGCCUGUCCUCUGCGAGCUGGAGAGUGCGGAAGAGGUGCGGCUGAGAGGCUUGGUCUCCCGCCGCGGACUCCAUUGUUGUCGUCGAUGCAGCUUUGUCCUUCUCCUCUUGGGCUUGCAAUCGACCCUGUGGCGGGUCCGACGCCCUGAAGAUCUCGAGCAACUCCUCCGGCGUAAAGAAGUACACCCUCGUCCCAUCUCCCCUCACAUAGAAGUUCUCAUCCAAC